AUUUAUUCGCUGUCAAUUUCACUCGCAAGAGCGUCUGUUUUUUCAAUAAUCUGAUUGAAAUUUAAGGUUUAUUACUAUUUUAUUAAACCUAAUGUUACCGAGUAUAAAAAAAUACUAGUGCAACAAACACCGGGAAGAUGGAAUCAGAACAAAACGAUGCCAACGGAUGUCGUUUGUGUUUGGACGUACUUGGCGUUACCAAUGAUACAAUCCAGAACCUCUCUCUACAGGAGCGAUUGAGGAAAGUGUUCUAUUUUCCGGUUGAGCCCACGGAAGGUUUAACAGACAAUGUGUGUAAUAACUGUACCAACAUUAUAGACGAAUUUUAUUGCUAUGCUGAAAAGGUACGACAGAACCAGGAAAACUUAGCUUUCAUCAACUUCGAAGCACUGAGGGAAAUUAAAGCUGAACCGCUUGAGGUAAAGCUGACUGAAAGUCAGAUCGAUUGUACGGAGGAAAAGGACUUCAAGGAGCCAAAGGAGGAAGAAUCAUCGGCGGUUUCGGAAAACGAUUGCAAGGAGGAAAAUAACAUCGGGGAAGAUCUUUUCGCUGUAGAUGUUCAAGAUGAUUAUUCAUCGGAGUCGGAUUAUCAGCCUCCCAAAAAGAGGAAGUAUACCAAACGAGGCACUAAAGUUCCUAAGGAAGAAAAACUGAAAUCGGAGAAAAAGCCAGCUAAGACGGGGCCAUCGAAUUUGUCAAAGGAGGAACAGGAAAAAGAAGAUCGGUUGAUUCAUGAAUUUUAUCGUAUGGCUUGUGAUAUAUGUGAUCACCUGGCCGAAGACUAUAAUGCUUUGCUUGCUCACUUCAGACUGCAACAUCAGGUCCGUGGGUAUCUGAUGUGUUGUCAGAAAAAGUUGAUCAGAUGGUGCCAUCUGCGAGAACACAUGCAUUUGCACAACAAUCCGAUGGGCUUCCUCUGUGAAAUAUGCAACAAAAGCUUCAAAAGUCUUCGUAUGCACCAGCUUCUUAAACACGCCCGCCCAGAAGAUUUGAUCUACAAAUGCAAAAUAUGUCCUCAGGCCUUUUCGAAAGGCUGUUUGUUGCGGGCCCAUGAGAGUACCCACGAAAAGGUUCAGUGUCCCCAUUGUGAGCGGAUGCUAGCCAAUAAAGUUGCACUUGCCGCUCAUAUCCAUAAUAAGCAUAGUGAUAUCGAUCGACGGUUGAUUUGUGACACCUGUGGGCAAGAGUUUCUCAAUAAGCAGAGCUUCGAGCGACACUGCCAAGAACACCUCGGCAUCGAAGUGGUGAAAAAAGUACAGUGUCAUAUUUGCCAAAAGUGGCUGAAAGGGGAGAGGGUUCUGAAGAAUCACAUAAAGUUUACGCAUUACGAAGGCGAUGAAGCAAAUGUUUGUGAUAUUUGUAACCAGCACUAUCCCAACCCGCGAGCAGUAGUUAUUCACAAGAAAGCAGUUCAUGUAGAGAAAAAAUUUGAAUGUGAAUUUUGCGGGAAAAAGUUCAAACGAGCAUCGAACUUAAAGGAACAUCGUACGAUUCACACGGGCGAACGUUUAUAUUCCUGUGACUAUUGCGGCGUAUCCAUGAAUUCUAAGGCAAAUCUCUACACUCACGUCAAGAAGAAUCAUCCAAUGGAAUGGGCGGAGAAAAAACGGUUAGCGGCAGAGGCAAAUGUGCCGACAAACUUGAAGGAUUCUGUGAAGUAUAAGCCGCAUUGCUCCAACGCAAUUUGCCAUGGAUGUAGGAACAUCAUUUCAGAGUUCUAUCAAUAUGCAGAAAAAGUUCGCGUAAACCAACAGAUAUGGGAUAAAGAACAAGUAAAAAACGACGAACUCACUGUCGGUGACAUUAAAGUUGAGUUGCUAGAUGUGCUUCAACCUGGUCAAUGUGAACAAGAUAUUCAUGAGCCACACAUCGACAUAAACCCUAAGUCUGGGGAAUGCUUCUUGGAGAAUGAGAAUGAUUGUGUCCGGAGUGAUAAUGACCCCACUUCUGAAUCUCCUGAACCGGCUUCAAAAAAAGUCUCCCGGAAAAAACGAACUUUACCCCAAAAAAAAGUUAAUGUAACUCCUAAGAAAAAUCCAAAGGAAACUGUCGAGCAAUCACAGGAAAGUGAACGGCAGAUUAAUGAGUUCUAUCGAAUGACGUGUGAUGUUUGUGAUCAUCAUGCCGCAACUUACAUAGAGUUACUAAAUCAUUAUAGAAAAGAUCACAAAAUAAGAGGCUACGUUCGAUGCUGUCGAAAGAAGUUGGUCAGACGUGAGAAUCUCAUGAGGCAUAUGCAAAUGCAUAGUGAUCCUAACACGAAUCGUUGUGAAAUUUGCAACAAAACCUAUAGAGACCUAAAAUUGCAUAGAAUCCAAAUACAUGCUAAUCCAGAAGAAAAAAUAUUCAAAUGUAAUAUUUGUCCACGAGGUUUCGCUCGGGAGGCUUUGCUCAAAGGUCACCUUGCAACGCACGAAAAAGUACGAUGUCCGCAUUGCGAUAGAAUGUUAUCGAAUAAGGGUUCGUUAACUGUUCACAUUGUGAACAAACAUUCAGAUAUCGAUCGGAGAAUGAUUUGCGAUACUUGUGGACAAGAAUUCCUGAACAAACAGAGUCUCGAAAAACAUGUGAAGCAACACAUGGGUAUUGCAGUAGCGGAAAAGCAACAGUGCCACAUUUGUCAGAAAUGGUUGAAAGAUGUACAGGGACUUCGAAAGCACAUCCAAUUUACUCAUGAAGAGCGAAAACAAACCCACAUUUGUGAUAUCUGCGAUCAACAGUAUCCGAACACGAAAGCUCUUUUUAGCCAUAAACGUGCGGUACACGUAAACUCAACUUUUGAAUGUGAUUUCUGUGAAAAGAAGUUCAAACGAGCAAUCAAUUUAAAGGAACAUCGUACCAUUCAUACCGGCGAACGACUGUAUUCGUGCGAUUACUGUGAUGCUACUAUGAACUCCAAUGCCAAUCUGUAUAAUCAUGUAAAAAAAAGUCACCCGCUAGAAUGGGCCGAGAAAAAACGACUGAAAGAGAAAACCGGUGUUCCGUCGAAAUCGGAUACAACUUUGUAA